AGAUGGAGAGUAACAUUCGUCCUUUGGUCAAAAUUACACUGUGCUGUCUGAAGAAAUCAAAAGUUUUCAGGAAAGGCUAUCAACUUUAGAGGCAGAAUAUGCAGAGCUGAAUGGGAGCAACAGUAGACUGCAGUCCAUAUACAGAGAGCUGAAUGGCACCCAUGCUACUCUACGUUCCCAGUAUAAACAGCUCAAUCAGAGCCUAACAGCACUGGCUAAAUACUGCCCUGUAAGAGACACUUUGACACACGGUCAGAAGUGUUCUCGAUGUCCACAUAAUUGGCUGCUGAUCAACUUCACAUGUUAUUUAUUCUCCACUGAUAAAAUGAACUGGCUCAAAAGUCAAGAUCAAUGUAAAUCAGAUAGGGGACACCUGGUGAUUAUUGAGAGUGAGGAGGAACAGGAUUUUUUAACAGCAUUGGUGGAAAUGGAAGGAAGAGAAGAUAAAUCCUACUGGAUUGGACUAACGGAUCAGAACAUAGAAGGUGACUUUGUAUGGGUAGAUGAAAUGCCCCUGGACAAACAGAAAACCUUUUGGGCUAAAAGGGAUCAUGACCAUGGGCAAGAGCCAGACAACUGGAUUGAAGAGUCUAUUUCCCCGGGAGAGGACUGUGUGCAUCUACAGAAAUCAAAGAUCUACAGUGGCUGGUAUGAUGCAGGCUGUGAAAUGCAAAAGAAAAGGAUCUGUGAAGCACCUUGUUCAGUUCAUGGCUAAACUGCAAACAGGAGCAGCUGGGUACUCAACGUUAUAUUUCACUGGAGUCAAACAGUUUCUCUGAAUUGAAUAGUGGCUUUUAUUGUCUUUGCUCUUGAUAUCACAUUAUUGCAAACAAUCUGAGAAAAGACUGCUUUUCCUAAAAUGUCACCUCAAUUUAAUACGUUUAAUGUCAAAAAACAAUUGGAACAACUGAGGUUUCAUUUUAAACAGUAACUGUUUUAAUAAAUAUAAGGCUGACAUAUCAAUGCACAGUUUAAAUUGUUUAAAGGAUUUUGAAAGCCUUUGGGUUUAUUUAAACAUCAGUUACAU